AUGGACGGCACUCUCGAAAUCCUCGAUGUCAAGGAACGCAAAGUGGGCGAGGUCAAACCUCCCUCGUUCCCAACUCCGCCGCCUGCUUCCUCCGGGGGGUUUCCCGCUCCCAAGAAACGAGUGUCUGCCUUCAAAAAGCAGCGACAGCAACAAGCAGACCCAUCGUCCUCGUCAUCCCAAGCGACCACACCAGUACCAUCACCAGCCAUCCAGUUCACCAGCGGCGCGAGGCCCCAGAUCGACGCGGACCCUAUCAAAUCCGAAAAGCAGAGGAUUGACGAGGAGAACAACAAGCUCCUGAGCUCCAUGUCGCCAGAAGAGAUUGCCGAAGCCCAACGAGAGCUCUUCAGUGGCCUCGACCCCAAGCUUAUCCAGAUGCUUCUCCGACGAGCCAACGUCGAGGACGGCUCCAACAACAACGACCCCAAAGUCUGGGACAUUCCCGAGAAACCGGCCGACGAGGAGCCAACAGAAAAGAAGGCCGACGUCGGUAGCGGUCCCACCAUCUCCUACAAGAAGCCACCCUCCAUCCAGACCUCGACCUCUAAAAGCGCAUACGUACAAGACGAGGAUGAGGAAAUGACCGAAGAACAACCAAAGAAACCCAAAAAGACCGUCACCUUCAACGAAGACCUCGCCCCGGAACAGCCUCCCUCCGGCAGCUUCCCCAUCCGAUCCAAACAGCCACCCACGCCCUACCCCCAAAAGACCAGCUUCUCCGCCGAAGACCUUGCCAUGCCCACCGCCGGCUCCUCCUCCGAACCACAAACUCCCACCACAACGCACCAAUGCAACGACCCCUCCCACAACCACAGCGACGAAGAGCUCAAGGGCGUGCACUUCCCCGCCGCCCCCGCCCCUCCCGACCUCGACCCUUCAGACCCCGACUUCCUCGCCACCCUGCACCAAAAGUUCUUCCCUUCCUUACCCGCCGACCCCUCCAAACUCGCCUGGAUGGCGCCCAUCCCCACCGAAGACUCGCCCGCCGACCAGGAAUCCCCUUACUACCCGGGCCAGACCUCGCUGCCCGUCUCGGCGCUCCGCUUCGACUUCAAGGGGCGACUGAUCCCGCCCCGUCUGUCGCGCCAGAUUCCCGUGUCCAAGGGCCUGCAUCACCACGGCGAGGCGCCCGAGGCAGCCGGCUACACGAUCCCCGAGCUGGCGAGGCUGGCGAGGAGUAGUGUGAAUAGUCAGAGGUGCAUUGCGUUUAGGACGCUGGGGAGGAUGCUGUACCGUCUUGGAAAGGGGGAGUGGGGAACUGGAGCGGGCGGUAGGGAUGGUGAUGAGGAUGAUUUGGCGUUUGCGCUGUGGAGGUGUUUUCAGGAGGGAAGGGUGUUGGAGAGUAUUGGGGAGGCGGCGGAUGUGGAGGAGGGGGUGGGCAGUGUGAGUGUGAGGGCGUAUGCUAUUGAGGCCAUGUGGUUGUUUGAGAAGGGUGGGUGGAAGGAGAAGUGGAGAGGUUUGUGA